AAAAACACACAAAAAUGGGUUCUAAAUCCCAAAUCCUAUUAAACCCACAAGCUUUGUUUGAAGAUGAAGAACAUGAACAAGCAUCAACUCAUCAUCAAAUGGAAUUCUUCUCUUUCCCUUCAAACUUCAACGUUUCUCAUCUUCCUUCAAUCCCCCAACACCAAACCCUUUCUCCUUCCACUCCCUUUCUUCACCCUAGCCUCUCUCAAACCCUAAACUCCUCUCAUUUUCCUACUCCAAACCUUCUUUCCUUGCAAACCUCCACUCCAAAUCCAUGGGCAUUUGGGAAGAGAAAUGAGUAUCAUUUGGGAUUGGGAGUAUCAACCAUGAAGAUGAAGAAGAUGAAAGGAAGAAGAAAAGUGAGAGAGCCAAGAUUCUCAUUCAAGACCAUGACCGAUGUCGAUGUUCUUGAUGAUGGUUACAAAUGGCGCAAGUACGGUCAGAAAGUCGUCAAAAACACACAUCAUCCUAGAAGCUAUUAUCGUUGUACACAAGAUGAUUGUAGGGUUAAGAAACGAGUAGAGAGAUUAGAUGAAGAUCCAAGAAUGGUGAUAACAACAUAUGAAGGACGACACAUUCAUUCUCCUUCCCAUGAUACUCAAGACUCCGAACCUCAUACCCAUCUCAACAAUUUCUUUUGGUAAUAAUGAAGCAAAAGAGGUGGUGGAAAAAGAAGCAAAGAGAUAUGCAUUUGAUUUGGUAUUAUUUUGUUUUAGUUUGGGUUUUGUUUAGGGUAAUUUUCAUGUAAUAGCUUUGGUUCUUUUGUCCAUCUCUUAUCUUCCCUUCAUGUGUUCAUAAUGUAAGGGAAAAGAGAUGGAAAUGAACCUUAGUCAUGUCUUGUUCUGUAUUUCACCCUUUUUCUUCUUUCUUUUUCCCACUCUAUUUGGUAUAUCUUGUGGUUUUUACUUAUCAAAUGGGAGAAGAAAAGAA